UAUCUCCUGUUGUUUUCCCGGGGUGGACACAGCGCCGGUACGAGACCAGGAUGCGACAGUGUGUCUCAGGUGUCUUUCCCACGUCAGGCAGUCUGGGAGGCUGAUGUGAAGGUGGUUAAAGGAGUAGGAGGAGGGAGCUCGUCCAGGGAGCUGCUGGGACAGACGGGUGGACUGCUGCUAAGUGACUCCCUCUUCUCUAAAGAACUAGAAAACAUGGGAAAACACCUCGCUGAGGUGGAGAAGGACCUGGCCAAGCUGGCAGAGCAGGGGAAACUAGCCCAGCGGAGCCCCAACAGCCCCCACAGUAGUCUGCUCCUCACCCCUCUGUUCCACACCUCCCUCCCGGGGGGAACCCUCCCCAACACUCUACCCUUACCAGGCCAGACCUCCAGACCACCCUCCAGACCCCAGUCCCCCAUCCUCAGCGCCCGCUCAGCCAAGCCCAGCUCCAUAGGCUACCCCCUGGUCAGCCCCAAACUUAGCCCUCUGCUCACCCGGAAACCAACCUCCCUCACCAUGACGACUGGUCACAGAACUCAUUCUCCCAGCAACCCCGGCAGCAGAACUACAACUCCUAGAACCCCCAGCAGCAGGCCCAUGACCCCCAACAGCCUGCUGACCUCCAGGUCGGCCAUGACGGCCGUGACCCCAGGUGUUGGAGGUCACGGGGGUCAUAAGGAGGUGACGUUCAGGAGGUCGAGGAGCAGACCGGUGACCCCUACCAGUCAACCGACCCGACCCAGGCCCCUGCUCACCCCUCCUGGGCUGAGUACGACAGAUAGUCUGGGCAAGGCCUCCAGCCUCAGGGCCUAUCUGUCAGAGGAUGAGUUCUACCAGCAGCUGCAGGCCAUCAGACAGCCAUGGCACAUUCCCAGUGACACAGAGAGUGACCUUCUGGAACCACCUGAGCAGGACAAGUGUGGGGUACGAGAUGCCAAUAAGAGAUCAGUGUUCUCAGGUGAGCACCUAAACCCAAAGGUACUAGUCUGUCACAAUCAAUCAUAAUCACACCAAUAAGAUAACCCAAUCAACUG